CCGAAUGUUCAGAGGCAGUUCAUCGUUCAUCCUAAUGGGGCCAUCAAAUCCCGUAUCAUGAGGCAAAACUCUCCACAAAUCUCUUCUUCGUAAAACCUCCAUGGGAUCUAAAGCUCCUUCGUUACAAGACCCUAAAACUGAUGCUGCGAGAGCUACGAAAGAGAGGGAUUUCCUGAAUCAUCUCGAAGCCUACCUCGCCAAGAGAGAUGGCGUUGACAAGCUCCUCAAGAUCUGCCGAUACGCUUCCAAGAUCGCCCUUGCUUCAUCCGUCCUCCCUGAAACUCUCCCUCUGAGUCGUCGUCUCAAAAGCUUCGAAUCGAGCGUCGGCGUUACCCGUAAGGCCUUUCGAUUAGGUAAAUUCGUUCAGGAUUUGAACGCUUUGAGGAACGCCAGUGUCGAUUCCAACCAAGAGUUAUUCCUUUCAAUCAUCGCUUAUGGCGGCGAGGGUUUGUAUUACUUCAUCGAGCAAUUCGUUUGGUUGGCCAAAGCUGGUCUAAUCGACAGUAGGCACUCGUCGAGUCUACAGAAAAUUAGCGCUUGCACGGAAUUUAUAGGGUAUUUCGGUAGUGUUGCCUUGAAAAUUAUGGAUCUGAAGAAGAUUGCGGAGGAGGAAGCUCGAGUGAAGUCUAGGAUCGAGAUUGCGACGCUGAGGAGUGAAGGGUGCAACAAGGAAGCUUUGGAGAUGCGUAAAUUGGAGCUUAAGAGAUUAAUGAAGAAGCUCUCGAUUGUUCAAGAUUUCGCGGACGGAUUGAUGGCUUUAGCUGAUACACGAGACGGAAAAGGGGCGCUUACGAAUCCACUCCUCUUAGCAUCUGCAGGGCUGCUCUCAGCUCUCAUUAGUACUCAUAAGAAUUGGUUGUCUUGUUAAAUUGGGUCUUAAAUCGCUGCUCGAGGCACGAACGCAACUGGAAAUUCGUUAUUUUCCAUUUUCUAUUUUCAAUCAACUCAGAAUUUAUUAGUGGGGUAGAAAGGAAGAGAGAAAUUCAACAUUUAAUCCUUCAAGGGAAAGUAUUUGUAUUUGUUUUUAUUAUAAUAAACAAACUCUCUCGGGAACUGGUUUCUUCU